AUGGCAAUAGCGCAUCCAAUGCAAAGCCGGUGGUUAAGCAGUAUCGGUAGAGCAAAGAAGGCUAUUGCAAUGAUUUGGACCGUAUCAGCCUUUUUGGCAAUACCGUCUGCCGUUCGGAUCGACUACAAUCACAGCAAUACGCUGAACGGGGAGCGAGUUUAUUGGUGCAUGCGAGAGUUUCCCGAACUAUUCGGUCCAGUUAGGAAAACUCUAAACAGAGCUUUCGCUUUGUAUCAGCUUCUUCUACUUAUCGUUUUUCCAGUAGCCACGAUGACCCUUUGCUACUUCCGGGUAGCAGUUGUUGUUUGCAAAUCGUCCAAAGGAAAUGGCCUUACUACUGUUGUCGUCGAAUUCUCACAAACAGCAACAAAUACGGGAUCCGGGUCAGAAUAUAGCAGCAUGGCUUGUGGAACGACUAUGUCACUUCAAGAUGCCACUAAACUGAUGAAAUCCCGUGUUGCUGAAAACAACAAGAAACAGGAGGAGAAUCCUCUUGUAACAGACAGAAUCAGAGCUUCCUGUCAAGAAAAUAAUUUGUUUCCAAUUGACUGUGUUGACGAGUUACUGACAAGUUUUGGGUACAUCUGUAGGCCAUCAAAUACACCGACGUUAAGGGCUAUGCGAAUGGCAUUUAAUGCACUGGCAUAUUGUCAGUCGUGUAUAAAUCCAGUUUGCUAUGCCUUUAUGUCACAAAAUUUUCGUUCAACAUUUCGAUCUGCCUACAAACGAAUGCGUUUAAAGACUCAGGCAACUGAAGAAGUGCGUAAACGGCUAUAUUCAUAUUCCUCUGUUUCGAUGUCUAUCUCUUCGCGGUACCGACGGUACAGAUAUUCACACUACAGAAACACUUUAACAGUACCGAAUGCUGAUCCAUACAUUACACCGACAAUGUCACGAGAUGUUUCUCAACUGUCGCUAUCAAGACCACUAACAUCAGGAAAAUUUUCUGGCGGCAAUAUGUCACGUGAUGCGUCGAUAUUGUCAUUUUUUGAACGCCUAUCCCAUGUUCGGUCAAAACUGCCUUCCUUACCAUCACUGGACAUUUCCCGUGAACCGUCGCAGUACUCGUUAUCACUUCCAACUCCUUCAAUAGUAAAACGGCAGCCAUCAACGGUCCAAUUACGAGAUUCAUCAGAUAUCUCAGUCCGGAAUGCUUCAGUGCCAGCCGUAGACUAUGCCAUACCUACGAAAAGGUUGAUUCCUUCAACUUCUAAACCAAAAAAUAAUAAUUUAUGUAAAAACCCUACAGAACAAUUAAGAAAAUUUAUCAAAAGCCAGAUGAUUUUUGAUGAUGGUUAUUAAUG